UGAGAGCAGUAUGUUCGUGUUAAAGCAUCGGCUUAUCUUGAAAACAUGUGGUAGAACCACUUUGUUGGAUGCCAUCAAACCAUUACGAGAACUGGCUGACAAGCAUUGUGGGUUCAAUAAAGUGCAGGAUAUUUUUUAUUCACACAAGAAUCUUAUGCGGCCACAUAUGCAGGAGGAACCUCACAAGUGCUUUGCUAAGGAGGUUGAAAUCCUUGAUGAGCUGUUUGACAAUGGUGAAGCCUACUGUCUGGGUAAGGUGAACAGUGACUGCUGGUACCUCUACACUCUGAAUCAGUUCUGUGAUCCAAUCUUAGUGCCUGACCAGACCCUCGAGGUUCUUAUGACUAAGCUGGAUCCAGAGGUGAUGAAAAUGUUUACAUGUGAAGAAAGUAGCACUGCUCGAGAAAUUACUGAGAAAACGGGAAUCGGCAUGUUGUGGCCAAACAUGAAAAUAGAUGACUUCCUCUUCGAUCCCUGUGGAUACUCAAUGAAUGGUGUGUUUGAUGAAGACAAGUACAUGACAAUUCAUGUUACUCCCGAGGAUGAGUUUUCAUACGUCAGUUUUGAAACCAAUGCUAGUGAGAGAUGCUACAAAAGGAUGAUUGGUGACGUGCUGCAGAUCUUUCAUCCUGGAAAGUUUAUUUUGACUGUGUUUGCAAAUAAGCACUCCGUCGCGGACAUCUCGUGCACCACUCACACUGAAUACAAGUUCAGUAAUUAUCGAAAGGACGCUGCACAGCAUGUUCACUUUGAAAACUAUGAUCUGCGGUACCUGAGUUUCCAAAAGGCCCCUAGCUGAGGGAUGGGCCUGCUGACGAGUGGGAAACUACGACAGACAUUCAAGAACAAAACUUGCCGCUCGGACAGACAGAAUUUUAGAGUCAGUUAGGAUGAAAAAUUUGUGACAUUAGCAUUUUAUAGUUGCUAAAUUGUUCAUAUUGAAAUUUUCGUGGUAGUAUAUUAUAAUAUUAGUACUAUAUUAUAAUACUAAAUGUAAUGUGUGGCUUUGAUCUGAUAUGUACAGGUUUAUUACAUCUAGAAGUAAUUAGGAGAUAAACUGUGUUAAUAGUUUAUAUUUUCUUGGUAUUAUCAGGAGUAGAUAAUAGGGAAGGAGUGUGACAUCAAUAAACAAGGGAAAUUCGUCAUUUACUAGCC